UUAGAAUUCAGUGUAUUAACGUUGGUCAAAAGUGCGCAACGUGUGCUGCUUGUGCCCGCUGUCUCUGUUGUGUUUGCUCAGGGGGAGGUGCUGGCUGAGGACUUUCUUCGUGCGAAACCAGCAGCUUGCAAUUAAGUGGCCGUUCUGUAAAUUUGAUAAUCCGCGCAAUUAUGGCCGAAUCACUGCAAUUUGUAAGUGCAGCCAAAACUCACGGUCUCAAACUAAUCCCGUUUUUCAUAAGUGUGGCACUUUAUUUUGGUCUUGUGCGUAGGGAUCCGCAGGGUGAACUAUGGACAACAGUGCUCAAAUGCUUGCCCAUUGUGGCAUUAAUGCUUUAUGUUAUUAUUAAGGGAUUCUCGUUCAAUAAGAACUAUCGCUGCUCUCAGUUAAUCUUAUUGGGUCUGAUAUUUUCCUGCGGUGGUGAUGCCUUGCUCAAUGUUAACUUAUUCCCUUUUGGCAUGGUGUCCUUUGGCAUAGCGCAUGUUUUUUACAUGAGCGCAUUUGGCUGGCGGCCACUCAAGUGGAUCCUUGGAGUUGCCUUAUAUGUUCCUGUUAUUAUUUUUGUCAUUUUUGUGGCGAAAUAUCUGGAUGAGAUACUCAUCGUAGGCGUGCCCAUAUACUGUGCAUUGAUUACAACAAUGUUAUGGCGCGCCUUGGCGCGUGCAGUGGACACCAAGAGUUGUCUCAGCAUCUUCUGUGCUGUAGGUGCUCUACUCUUUGUCAUCUCGGAUGCUCUUAUCGCAGUGACAAUGUUUUUAGGAGUCGCUCUGCCAGGGGCACGUCUUCAGAUAAUGAUAACCUAUUAUAUAGCUCAGUUAGCAAUUGCGUUAAGCACUGCAGAUGAUGGACCUGAGCCGUCAUGCAGAAAGAAAACCAAAUAAUGCAUCAAAAAUGCUCAAACCCAAAACCACCAAAACAUGUACUUCCAACAUAUUAGAAUAGUAGUUUAUGCCAUUUAGUAGUGUUACUUCUUGUUCUGUGUUAACAAUAAA